UACAAUUUUCUCACAAAACACAGUCAGGUCUUUGCUUGGUGCUACGUCAAAUCUGUUCGCUGUAUCAAGAUUUAAGAAGAUCAACAUGUACACGAUUAUUAUCACGGUCUGUGUGCUCUUGUCAAGCAUAUCCCACGUAUCUGCAGACUUCACUUCUGAGAGGAAGAAAGUAUCCAUAGCCUGCAAUUAUACGUUAGAAACAUGCGUGGAUAAGUUACAAAAGAAGGAACCCUCCAAUGACGCUGAAUGGUGCUCCCUAUUAGGGGCAUCUAAAGAUAACUUCACCGCCUACCAGUGUGUUGCAAAGAUCGGACUUUGUACAGAAGAGGAGUUUGCGGACCUCAAAAAUGGAGCGUGUGGUAAGAAAGACAAACCCCAGCAAAAGUCAAGCGACCUGAAGAAAAAUGCAUUCAGCGCUAUAAAAUCUGCAAAUAAACAUUGCCAAGAUACAAUCGUCACCUGUAUCUUUGGGUCCGCCAUCGCCACAAUUCUCAGUCAGGAGGAGAGAUACUGCAACAUGUUUAAAGUGGGCGAGGAUUGUUUGGGCAGCGAUUGCAAAGACAGCUAUGACACCAUAAAAACCAAAGCGUGCUCCGUAACCCAGCCCAAGCCGUUCUCUGAGGCUGUUCUCAACACCAAAAUGCCCUGCUUUAGUGCCAUUAAUUACUGCAUCGAUGGCAACGAGCAGGCGACAGCUUUGAUUGAUGGUGAGAAGUACUGCGAUGCCAUGGGCGUCAUCUCCGUGUGCUUGCCUACCCAACAUUGCACUGACGAUGAGAUCAACACCUUGAAGACUGCAGCUUGUAAAUAGGAGCUGUUCUUGUCUUCUACUUAUACACAAAUUGUGACGCAAUUUGAAUUUUAAUCCUUUCUUAAAUAAAAAAAAUGGAAAAUGAUUGUUUUUACCUGAAACUAGAACGGAAUGAAAUUAUUGAUGCUGAUUAUUUAAUUCAAACACACAAAAAAAGUUUGGUUAAUUUUGGAGAAUCACCAUCUGCAGAAUAAAAACGAAAGUAAAGCUAGAAUUUCCGUUUAGAUUCAAUAUUUUUCAUUCAAAUUUUGUUUUUGUUUAAAAAAGAAUUAUAGUCUGAAGC